CACGGCCCGGAGCGCGCGGCCAUUGCGGACUUUUGCCCUCCGACAUUGAUUGGUAAAGAUAAGGUAAACGAAAUUUAAGCUGCUCGAACAUGUUUUCGCCAAAGUCGCCUAAAAACCUCUCCAAGUAUGUCUUCAAGGAGUCGCGAGGCGCGGGGGAUCAGCUCUGUAUGGUGGAGUGUAAAGCGGACUGCACCUGCAGUGUCCACGCGGCGGGCAGCACGAGACACUGCGCGCCCCUGUGCAAGGAGAAUGGCACUCACAUCGAGCAGCAAGGCCUUGACAACCUGGCCUAUGAAUACGGGAGUCAGAGUGAGCUCUACCAACCGCCCAAAACCGCCUCCAGGGCGACCCUUAAACUCCUGGGACUCUCCCCGGAGCACCAGACCCACACUAUCGAGAGCAGGAUCUGCAGCCUGGAUGGAGUCCUUGCAGCCAGCUUGUCUUUACACAGCAGCUUAGCCACAGUGGACUACGAUGCCUCAGUCAUCACCACCAGAGAGAUGGCCCUGGAGCUGCAGAGCAUGGGCUUCAGCGCAGAGUCGACGGUGCAGAUCAGGGUGGAGGGUAUGCACUGCCAGUCAUGUGUGCAGGCCAUUGAGGGACGUAUCGGUCCUCUACCUGGGGUUGCACACAUCCAGGUGUCCCUUCAGGACGCCGCAGCGCUGAUUGUGCAUCAACCUGUUGUAGUUACGCAGGAACAGCUGAGAGACUGCGUUGAGGAGAUGGGCUUUGGGGCCUCUUUAAUAUCCCAUGAUGCAUCUGGGUAUGUUGCAGGCUUCUGGCAGAGAGACACGCUGACUGUAGACGUUUGGAUCGUAGGGAUGACUUGCAACUCGUGUGUGCAAUCCAUAGAAGGGAGGAUCUCUGGGAUAGCCGGGGUGCGCGCCAUCGGCGUGUCACUGAAGGAGGAAAAGGGAACGAUAACCUUUGACCCAUGCCUGACGGAGCCGGAGCACCUCAGGGCCGCGAUCGAGGACAUGGGCUUUGAUGCGUCACUUGAAAAACCUGCCUCUGCAAAGAGCAUCCAGGGUCAGGAAACGUCCAGGCCGGUUUUCUCUGGACUUUCUCACCUCUCUGACUCGCAAACCAUCAAUGAGGCUGGGGUCACCAAUGAGGCUGGAGUCAGCAAUGGCUCCGGAUCACAGCCGGCCCCCAGCAGCCAGGUUAAAGUGCAGAAAUGCUUCAUCUGCGUAACGGGAAUGACCUGCGCUUCCUGUGUGGCCAACAUAGAGAGGAACCUGCUCAAACACAAGGGAAUCAUCACGGUGCUGGUGUCACUGAUGGCGGGGAAGGCGGAGGUGAAAUAUGAUUCAGAAAUCAUGAAUGCUGCUGCCGUCACUCAGCUCAUAGAAGACUUAGGAUUUGGUGGCACGCUGAUAGAGGACAACGCAGUGACACACGGGAAGCUGGAACUCACCAUAACAGGAAUGACAUGUGCGUCAUGUGUGCACAACAUCGAGUCCAAGCUCACCUCAACCAAAGGGAUUCUCGGGGCCUCCGUGGCACUCGCAACCAAAAAAGCUCAGAUCCAGUUCGACCCGGAAGUGCUCGGAGCCCGAGAUAUCAUCAAGAUCAUUCAGAGUCUGGGGUUCGAGGCCAGUUUGGUGAAGGCGGGCUACAAAAACAACCUCGACCACACGGAAGAAAUCCGACAGUGGAAGAGCUCCUUCCUGCUCAGCCUGGUGUUCGGCCUGCCUGUGAUGGGCCUGAUGGUCUACAUGAUGGUGAUGGACAGCCAGCACCAGGAGCAUGGGGGCUCCAUGCCCGCGGAGCAGAACCUGCUGCCCGGCCUCUCCCUGCUAAACCUGGCCUUCUUCCUGCUCUGCACACCUGUGCAGAUCUUUGGGGGCCGGUACUUCUACGUGCAGGCGUACCGCUCGCUGAAACACCGCACAGCCAACAUGGACGUGCUGAUCGUGUUAGCCACCUCCAUUGCCUACAUCUACUCCUGCGUGGUGCUCAUCGUAGCCAUGGCUGAGCGAGCGGCCCAGAGCCCCGUCACAUUCUUCGACACCCCACCCAUGCUGUUUGUCUUCAUCGCCCUGGGCCGGUGGCUAGAGCAUGUUGCAAAAAGUAAAACCUCCGAGGCUUUGGCCAAAUUAAUGUCUCUUCAAGCCACCGACGCCACGGUGGUCACUUUGGGACGUGACCACUCCAUCCUCAGCGAGGAGCAGGUGAUGGUGGAGCUGGUCCAGCGGGGGGACAUCGUGAAGGUGGCCCCUGGAGGAAAGUUCCCUGUUGAUGGGAAGGUGAUCGAGGGAAGCUCCAUGGCAGAUGAGUCCCUGAUCACAGGGGAGCCGAUGCCGGUCAGUAAGAAAGUGGGCAGUUUGGUGAUCGCCGGCUCCAUCAACGCUCAUGGAGCCCUGCUUGUGGAGGCCACGCACGUCGGAGCGGACACGACUCUGUCUCAGAUCGUUAAACUGGUGGAGGAGGCCCAAACCUCAAAGGCCCCCAUCCAGCAGUUUGCAGACCGGCUCAGUGGGUACUUCGUCCCCUUCAUAGUCAUUGUUUCCCUACUGACGCUGGUGGCCUGGCUGGGCAUCGGGUUCGUCGACUUCGACAUAGUGAAGGAGAACUUCCCGGGUUACAACCAAAACAUCUCCAAGGCGGAGGUCAUCGUACGCUUCGCCUUCCAGGCCUCCAUCACUGUUCUGUCCAUCGCCUGCCCCUGCUCUCUGGGGCUGGCGACCCCGACUGCUGUCAUGGUGGGUACGGGAGUCGGGGCUCAGAACGGGAUCCUCAUUAAAGGAGGCGAGCCACUGGAGAUGGCCCACAAGAUCAACGUGGUGAUGUUUGAUAAGACCGGGACGAUCACUAAUGGCGUGCCGCGGGUCACUCGUGUGUUGGUGCUGUGGGAACAGGCCCGGAUGCCCCUCAGGAAGAUUCUGGCUCUGGUGGGCACAGCAGAGGCCAGCAGCGAGCACCCGCUGGGCAUGGCCGUUGCCAAGCACUGCAAAGAGGAGCUGGGCUGUGACCUUCUGGGCUACUGUAAGGACUUCCAGGCCGUGCCCGGCUGUGGGAUCAGCUGCCGGGUUUCCAACGUGGAGCACCUUCUGCAGCAGCCCAACGGAGAGCACUUCCUGCUGCCUGGAGCCACCACCGAUGAGAGCAGCCUGCCCCCCGCCGCCGAGGUCACAUCUGCAGGUGAGCCGCUGUCUCACCCCGUCCUUAUUGGGAACAGAGAGUGGAUGAAGAGGAACGGUCACCACAUCGGGGCAGACGUGGACGCCGCCAUGUCCAGCCACGAGACCAAAGGCCAGACCGCUAUCCUGGUAGCUAUAGAAGGCGUGCUGUGUGCCAUGUUGGCCAUCGCGGACACGGUGAAGGCAGAGUCAGCGCUAGCCGUGCACACACUCAAUAGCAUGGGCAUCGAGGUGGUGAUGAUCACUGGAGAUAACCGGCGCACAGCCAAAGCCAUCGCUGCGCAGGUGGGGAUCAGGAGGGUGUUUGCGGAGGUGCUGCCAUCACAUAAGGUGGCAAAGGUGCAGGAGCUGCAGGAAAAAGGCCAGCGCGUGGCCAUGGUGGGGGACGGGGUCAACGACUCCCCCGCCCUCGCCCGGGCAGACGUCGGCAUCGCCAUCGGCACCGGCACAGACGUCGCUAUAGAGGCGGCCGACAUCGUCCUGAUCCGGAACGACCUUCUGGACGUGGUGGCCAGCAUCGAGCUGUCCAAAAAGACCGUGCGCAGGAUCAGAACCAACUUUGUCUUCGCCCUCAUCUACAACCUGCUGGGAAUACCCAUCGCUGCGGGAGUGUUCAUGCCUAUGGGUCUGGUGCUGCAGCCCUGGAUGGGCUCCGCAGCGAUGGCCGCCUCCUCGGUCUCUGUGGUGCUGUCCUCUCUACUGCUGAGAAUGUACAAGAAGACAACGGUGGAGCUGUACGAGGUGCGAGCGCUAGGCCAGAUGAGGAGUCUGCGCUCGUCUCAGAUCAGCACACAUCUGGGUCUUGACGGCCCCUGGCGCAGCCCCUCACUCCCCCCCGCAGCCCUGGAGCCAUUGAGCCAAAGUACCAGCGCCCACCAGCACAGCCAGGGAGCGUCCAGUAACUCCGUGCAGCAGUGGGAUCUGUGUGUGUUGUGAGGUUAUGGGAAGAAGGACUAAUUUCUCAUGCUGAUGCUUUGUGUCACUGUAUUUAUGUAAAUAUAUAAGGACAAUUGUGCACAGAAACUCGGGCACGUUCACUUUCCACAUGAAUCUACAACAUCUACAGCUGUUAACACCAUUACUGAAGCAUUGUUUUAUUUUAUGUAUUUUUUUAAACCAUUGGACACGAGUCACAUAAAUCAGACUUCAAUAUGAUUGGAUUAGUUUCAAAUGUAUUGUUAUUGCACAAGUAUUUAAGAAAACGAAAUGUAGUUAACAUCUAACCAAAGCGGAAAACAGCAGUAAGUGCAGUUUGUUCAAGUGUUAUAUAAAUAUAUAUAUACAUACAUACAGUACAUACAUACAUACAUACAUACAUACAUACAUACAUACAUACAUACAUACAUACAUACAUACAUACAUACAUACAUACAUACAUACAAAGACACAUGUGACAGAUGUAUUAUUUACAGUAUGAACAUUAUGAGGAGGUAUAAAGAUUGUAGCAAUAUAGAAAUAGGAAACACAAUAAAUCAGGUAAAGAAAAACUGAAUAAAUAUCAACCAGUAUUAAUGUUAAAAAAAAUAUGAAGUCAAAUGUGAAAUAUCUGUUCCCGUGUGUAACUGCUGUACAAGUACACGUUUACGAUGGAAUCAAAGUAAAGCUACAGGGUUUGAAUAGAA